AAUGUCUCUCCCUGAGUUCUUGAUCCGUCACCCACCCACUCAUUGUGUUCCUGAUUUUUUUCCCGCGACCACAGGUUUGAGCAAAGAAACCCUCAACUCGCCCCUGCAUCUAUAUAACCCCCCCCCCCUUUCUUCCCCAACCUCUGUCAGUUUCCGGGUUAACAGUGAACCUUACAUACUCGGACCCACAAACCUGAUAGCGACAAGAUAAGGAAGCUAUGACUUUUCACCUGACAACACCAAGUCCGCACAACUCGACUCCUAGUAGCUCAACCACCAACAGUACGCCCGCGUACGGAAGUCCCCAACAUGGCUCGCCAACUCAGUCAAGCUUUCCUACCUUUGAUGGCCCUGGGGAAGACGGCCAUUCCGUUGCGGAGAGCAGGGUUUUAAUAAUCAUGACAGGAGGGACGAUAUGCAUGCGUAUGGGAAAAGACGGUUACGUUCCCGCCACUGGCUUUCUCGAUGCCUAUCUCAAACCCAGGCCGUCUUUCAAUGAUGGCUCGCCUACUAAAUGUCUUCCUGUCAUGACUGAUGACGAGACGGAAGUGAUGCUCGAAUCUUUGCGCACCCCUCCUUCCAAACAUGCUCGCCGCAUUCGAUACGCAAUUCUUGAGUUCAACCCCCUCCUUGAUAGUUCGAGUAUCAACGCCAAAGGUUGGGGUGAGAUUGCAAAAUCAAUAAAACGCAAUUAUACACUUUUUGAUGCGUUUGUGAUCUUGCACGGUACCGAUAGCUUGGCUUACACAAGCUCUGCACUGAGCUUUAUGAUCAGUAAUUUGGGGAAAUCGAUUAUCCUAACAGGUUCCCAAGCACCAAUGGCGGAGCUCCAUAACGAUGCUACAGACAAUCUUCUCGGAAGUCUCAUUAUUGCUGGCCAUUAUAUGGUACCUGAAGUUUGCCUUUUCUUUAACCAUAGGCUAUUUCGUGGAAACCGAGCGACGAAGAGCAAUGCUCACGACUUCCGUGCCUUCUCAUCUCCAAAUUUCAACUCUCUUGGGAAGGUUGGAAUAUCCACAAAUAUAAAGUGGAAUUUGGUCAACCGUCCAUCUACUCUUGCGCCCUUUUCCGUACAGACAAGUCUAUCCACAGCUCAUGUCGCUUGCUUGCGAAUCUUCCCUGGCAUCCUCCCCGAGAUGAUUGAAGGCAUCCUAGCGUUGGAGAACUUGAGGGGAUUAGUCCUUGAGACCUUCGGAGCGGGCAAUAUGCCCGAAGACGAGCGGUUGAUGACUGUGUUGAGGAAGGGAGUUGAUAAUGGAAUUGUCAUUGUCAAUGUGACCCAAUGCAUAACCGGAAGCGUUAGUCCCCUAUAUGCUUCUGGCACAGCAUUAGCCAGAGCUGGCAUUGUUUUUGGGCUAGACAUGACCACCGAAGCUGCGCUCACGAAACUUUCCUGCCUCCUGGCGAAACCCGAACUCACCGUUACUGAUAUUCGUCGACAGAUGUCCUUAUCCUUACGCGGCGAGCUAACGGAACAAUCUGCAACUAGCUUUUCGCAUCCGAACUCGUUGCUACCACCAAAGCUCUCGCGAUUGACCGCUUUGGCCUAUGCCAUAAAAAAGGGGGACCAAAAAAGCAUUUCAUCUGUAUUGAAGGAAUCAAACGAGUUUUUGCUGAAUGAAUUUGAUUACUCGGGGAACACGCCGCUGCACCUGGCCUCCACGUGCCGUAAUAUUGACAUACUCCGUGAUUUUCUCUCUCAAGGAGCUUCGGUUCAUUUGCGUAACGGUGAUGGCAGAACACCCCUAUUUCUGGCGGCCGAUGCCGGUAUUGAAGUCAACGUCUCGUUACUAAGGGAGAGCGGGGCACACCUACACACCGAGGAGGUGGAACAUGCUAAAUUGAAGCUCAAAACCCUCAAAUGGGAUCAAGAAAGUGUUGGGAGCUUGCAGGUGCCUAACAAGGUAUUAUACCCGGUAACAUGCACCUUACCCCGCUGUUGAUGACAAGGGUAGCAGGUCAGAGGGCACCAUCAAGGUGCGUGCGUAUACCGAGCCAAACGAUGGCACUUCUUUCCUUUUCCCUUGCUCUGCUCUGAAAUAAUGUAGAUAGACUUUCAUAAUCUGGGAAUUUUUAGAGGAAAACAAUAAAGUUAGUAUUUCAUCCGA